GGAGUCAGUAGUGAAACGUGUCUAAGAGCUUGUGCCACAUCCUUUAUAAGCACAGGCAGAAGGAGGGCUGAACAUUUGUCAUAACAAGCAGGUCUGGACAGGAUUGAUUUACUGGAUAUACAUAAAGAAGGCGUUCGCCACUACCGGUAUUUCUGCAGCCUGUCUACACAGAGGGGUGUGUCCAUCAGCAGCUCAGCUAGAGGCAUCAGUGUGUGAUCGGACUUUCUUCCUGAAUAUCUUCUAUAACCAGCAGCAGAGAUGGAGCGGAUGGAGGAUGAGAAGCCAAAGAAGAAGGUGACGCCCUACCUUCUCUACUGUGUUUCAACAGCAGUUAUCGGCUCGCUGCAGUUCGGCUACAACACUGGCGUCAUCAAUGCACCAGAGCAGAAACUGCGUGGGUUUUUCCGUAAUGUGUCCAUGGACCGUUAUGGCGAGCCGUUCAACAAGGGAACAAUUACCAUGGUGUGGAGUUUCUCUGUGGCCAUCUUCAGUGUGGGAGGCAUGAUCGGGUCCUUCUCUGUCGGAGCCAUAGUCAACAAAUUUGGCAGGCGUAAGUCUAUGCUGCUGUCCAAUAUCCUCGCUCUCCUCGGAGGUGGUCUGAUGGGGCUGGCGGUCCUUAGUCAGUCUUUUGAGAUGGUCAUUGUCGGCCGGUUUGUCAUCGGCGUGUUCUGCGGCCUGUGCACGGGACUGACGCCUAUGUACGUGGGUGAGAUCUCUCCAACCGCUCUCCGGGGGGCUUUCGGCACCCUGCACCAGCUGGGUGUCGUGGUCGGCAUCCUGGUGGCACAGAUCUUCGGUCUGGAGUCUCUGCUUGGCUCUGAUUCCUUGUGGCCUGUGCUGCUGGCUCUGACCGCCCUGCCCGCUGUACUGCAGUGCAUCAUGUUGCCUUUCUGCCCUGAAAGCCCCCGCUACCUGCUCAUCGUCCUCAACCAGGAGGAGGAGGCAAGAAAAGCUCUUGUCCGCCUGCGUGGCACUGAAGAUGUGAGCGACGAUAUUCAAGAGAUGAAGGAAGAAGGGAUGAAGAUGGCCAUGGAGAAGAAAGUGACCAUCCCCGAACUCUUCCGCUCCUCAAAAUACCGCCAACCAAUCAUCAUCGCAAUCGUCCUCCAGCUGUCUCAGCAGAUGUCUGGCAUCAACGCUGUGUUUUACUACUCCACAGGCAUCUUUCAAGAAGCUGGUGUAACUCAACCCAUCUAUGCUACGAUCGGAGCUGGAGUUGUCAACACUGUGUUCACUGUUGUCUCUCUCUUCCUGGUUGAAAGGGCGGGGCGGAGGACAUUGCACCUGAUUGGCCUGGCUGGAAUGGCCAUCUGCGCUCUACUUAUGACAAUCUCGCUCGCUCUGGGGAAGACCAACCCGUCUCUGAGCUACCUGGCCAUCGUGGCUGUGUUUGGCUUUGUUGCCAGUUUCGAAAUGGGUCCAGGUCCAAUUCCCUGGUUCAUCGUGGCUGAGCUCUUCUCCCAGGGGCCCCGGCCUGCUGCCAUGGCUGUCUCAGGUUUCUCCAACUGGACCGCCAACUUCCUGGUUGGGAUAAGUUUCCUUAAACUGGAGGAACUCUGUGGCCCAUACGUCUUCAUCAUCUUCACGGUCUUACUCAUUGGGUUCUUCAUCUUCACCUACCUGCGAGUGCCUGAAACCAAAGGAAGAACCUUUGAUGACAUCGCACAGGGAUUCGCUGCCAGUGCGGGGAAGCCCACACAUUCCCCCGUGCCUGAAGCGGUGGUCAUCGGCCUGCCAGACCCUGCACCCAUGUCCCCCACAGAGAAGGUUCCUAUGGUGGAUCUUCCCCCGGAGAAACCAUGAGCACCUUUAGAGGGAAGCCUUAGGGUGCAGUGCAGACGAACAGGGUCCAUGCACAUAGAAAUUGUGAUGAGUUAUAUUUCAUAACUCACUAACGAUAAAAGAGCAGCAAGGGUGUGUUUAGAAAAAGCCAACUCAGUGUAUUAAUGCAGAAAUAUGAGAUUUUUGUUUUUAAUGUAUAUUUUUAGUGUGCCUUUUUAAAAAUAAAUACACAGUUUUUAUGUAUUCCCCAGUUACAAAUGCUUAAACAAAUGACAGAAUUCCCUGUAAUCCUGCUUUAAAUGCGGGCGAAACUUAACUGAAUUACCAGUACUUAAUGUCUGUUGACGUUCCUGGUGCCAGCUCUGUGCGUAUUGAUCCGUGUAAGAGGAUCAACAUAUGUUAAGUGUCCAGGUCUUCUGCUACCCCCAGUGUUAAAAGGUUGCAGGAUUUAAAGGGGGGGUUUAUGUAUUGAGGUCAAGCUUGAAAAGCCGGUUUUGGAGUGUGGUAGUUUGACCCAAAAAGACUGACUUGGUGUCCUGUCUGCUUGCCUGAUGUGCCUCGCAGCCAGGGGAAGGGAGCCAUGUUGUCUCGAGCAGACAGAUGGCGGAGGCGCUGUAUCAAUCCCUCUCCUCCUCGGGUUGACAAAAAGCACUGACUAUAGAUUUAAAUUAUAUAUUUAAGCGAGAUACACAUGUUGACGUCAUCUGAGAGGACAGGGUGUUUGUACUGGUGCACGUCUGUGAAGUUAAAAUUGUUUGUGUGUGAUAAAGUCGAGGAAGGUGCGUGUAUGAGAAUGAGGUGUAGUCUAACUCUGCCAAGUCUUAACAAAGUGUCUGUGUUAUGGUUUCACCGCAGGAUACAACCACUAUGACAGAAUGAUUCAGUCUGAUACCUCAGGUGCCUCAUUGUGUUCAUGUAUUUGAUUUCUAGCAGAUAAAACAGAAAAACGUAUUUAUCCAUCACUGUACUUGAUACUCAGAACAUAACAACAAUCCAAUGCAACAUAGGUCAAUAAAAUACCCCAGAACCUUUUGAAACAGUGUUACAUCAAAUCAAAAGUGCCAGUCACUCUUUUUUAAAUAUGUAUUGAACCACAUUAAGUCUACUGAUAACAAAAUAACUCCACAUAUCUCAGUUUGCCAUAGGAGACGAUGAUACAGAACAAAAACACUACAGUUAUAGUAUUUAUUUCAAUGGUUUUUGCUGUUGUAUCACAUGUUUUUGUGUCCAAAUGUCUGUAAUGUUUAGAAUCUUCACUUUCUGCACCAUGAUCAGCCGUUACAACACAGUAUAUACCUGCUUACAAAUGUUGUGUUGACGUUUGCACAGUUGUAUCUUCUUCUGAAUGUGCACCCACUCAUAAGGAAGCACUUCUCAACAUUUUAGUGUUGACAGUCCGACCACAGACUCAAGAUGGUCUGUUUGUCUUUGCGUUGAUCUCUGCUACAUGCAAAUAUAUUCGUAUGUGUUAGGAUAGGUCUGGUUUUGGUUGUCUUACUCUAUUUGCUUUUCAUAAUCCUGUCUCAUCCACUGAUUUCCUCUUGCCCUUUGGGAAUACUGUUACUAUGGUGAAUGCCAGCAUGUUUGCUUUGCAGUUCUCCACAGGAUUUUUAAUAUGUAUAUUUUGCUCUUUUGCGGGAAAACAGAAGUGAGAAGUGGCGGUAUCAGAGUGUGUGUGGCUGUCAGAGUUGACCUUCACUGUUUAUCUACUGUGAUGUCCUCUGUCCCGCCGUAAUAACAAGAGCGACACUUGGAUUGAGAGACUCAAAUAAAAUAAACUUGGUCCGUCUUGUAAUGAAAUGUGCGACUUGAAUAAUGAGCAUAACAGUGUGUGUUUUUCUCGCUGUGAUGCUGUGAGACAAAACCGGUUUGUUGCCAUUAAUGUAACUGAAAUCUUUAUUCUAAAGUAAAAGUGUGAGAGAUU